CAACCCUUCGAAUCUCGUAAGCCAGAGAGCAAAAUCCGAAGCAUAGGGACGAGGAGAAACUGAACACCUGGACCCACCCUUCCCCUCUGCCGGCGCGCAUGGCUUCCGCAUCCGCCUCGCCACCGGCGAACGCCCACGCGCCGCAGGCGCUCGCCAAGUCCACUCUCCUGGGCGGCGUCGGAGAUCUGGACGCCGCCGUGUCCCUCCGCCUCCACGCCCUCUUCCUCCCGGUGCCCCGCCUCCUCCUCAAGGCCUUCGAGGUCGCCGGCGACGGGCGCAUCUGGCUCCCCGUCCCCAUAUCCCUGCUGCUGAUCUCCACCACCACCUCGUCCGUGGUCUCCCCUCUCCUCGUUGGCCUCAUCUUGGGCCUGGUGCUCGACCUCGCCUUCGUCGGCCUCGCCAAGCUCAUCGUCCGCCGCCCGCGCCCGGCAUACAACGCCGCGGACAUGUACGUCGCCGUCGCCGUCGACCACUGGUCCUUCCCCAGCGGCCACUCCUCGCGCGCCUUCCUCGUCGCCGCCUUCCUCGCGGACGGGGGUUUUCCCCGCGAGGCGCUGUUCCUCUGGGCGGCCGCGACUUCAGCGUCAAGGGUGCUUCUGGGCCGGCACUACAUUCUCGAUGUAGUCGCCGGGGCUUGGCUCGGCGUGGUAGAGGCCUGGCUCAGCAACUUGAUCUUGAGGUUUUUGUGCGGCCGCAGCAGCUUUCUUGUAUGCUAGUUCUUGCAUGUUUUUGGUCAGUCGCAUUACUGUCACACAAGUGCAUUUUUUCUUGCAAUCCAUUCACCACGUUUGUGAGCACCAGUGUUUCUGCUUGAACUGAUGCGCAUGCCAUGAAGGACAUUGAAGCCAGUUGCUUUUCUAUGAGUACAAUUGUUGGUA